ACGUUGUUUGUGCAUGUGAUAGCUAGGUUCAUUGUGUAACUGGAGUGGAGUGUUUAUAACUAGGCUAAGUCAAGAAGCUAAGACACAGUCAGUUCUAUCUGCUAGCAGAUUUAGAGGAACAGUCAGAAGAUCCUGCAUCCGACCUUGACCUUUUUUCUAAGACUAACGUUAGACUUGAGCCGUAGUCGUAGAGCCUAGAGGAGAAAGAGAGGGAGACCCAAAACUACCUGUCCUGGCAUCACAUUUGAGGAGGAGAUGAAGUCGGUGAAUAUGACCUAGCCCGGGGGAGUUUCCAGAAGACGGUCCAGAACCACUGGCCGCCAGGAGUGGAGGUCCUUUGUUGUUGCUCUACAUGUCAGGAGGCAUCGGGCAGUACAUGUAGGUAAGACAAUCCCUGGUAGAAGCACCAUCUUGAUACCAUCAUUCAAACUCUCAUCAGCUGUAUCAUUAUAGGUGGACUAAAAGAACAAUAUUCAUUCAGAUAUAAUGAUGCCUUAAGUUGAAAUGGAAGGUGUCCUGAAUCUGCACCCAUUCAUCUGGUUUCGUAACUCCUUUCAUAGUGCUAUUGGAACCUGCUCCCUACCAGUAUAACAUCAAACAGUGCCUUUUACAUUUCUACUUGCCACAAAGCAGUCCAUGGUUUAGCGCAAUCUACACUGGACUAUUGUAAUGCUCUUCGUGCUUGAAUUAGGGCGAUCUGGACUGACUGCAGAUAGUACAGAAUGCUGCAUCUAUUGUGCCAUUUGCCAUACGCCAACUUUGCUGGCUGCAAGUCAAGGAAAGGAUAUACAUGAACAUCAGUGUCCGUCUCCUGAUUUUCAAAGUCAAUGACAGAUUACAUGUAUUCUAAGGAAUCCCUUGUGCGUCAUUUUCAUUCUAGGCGCACUUGCCUUUUUAUUUUUGUGAUCAUUACGCACCUACAAAUUAGCUACUGGUGAUGCAACUUUCUCCACUACUGCUCCAAGGCCAUGGAAUUAGCUCCUUCCUCUCCUCCAGUUGUCAACAACCUCAAGUGGAUCAGUCCAAAUACAAUUUGAGAAGACCUACCAUAUUCCUGAUCUUUGCUCUGUACUUCCAACAAUACUGUCACUGCCUGGUAUAUCAGGAGUUGUGGUGGUGCCUUACUAGGCCUGGUCUCUUCUUCACAGAGUAGAGCUCGAUCAGUAAACCAUUGUUGGACUAACUUCCUAGUUGGAUGAACAACUGCCAGCAGCCAACACCUCAAUGGCGAUAGAAGUGACAGAUAUUGUUGAACGAUUUGCAGAGUCUUUCCAGAAAUUCAUGGAAAAGGCACAACUCUCAUCAUCUAUUUCCAUGGUGAUAGACGAGAGUGAACUUGCAGACCUUGAUGUCAAACCUUCAUUGCUACAGAGUAGUGUGUCAAUGCUCAUACAAGACUUACAGAAUCUUCAGAAGAUAUGUGCUUCCACAAACUCUGAUGAAAAGUCAGAUGAUAACCCAUUGCCAAGUUGCAAGGAACGAGGAGAACUUCCAAAUAAUGAACCAAUAAAUCUUGAUCCUGAGGUCAUCCAAAUAACAGCAGACAAUAAGGAGAUAUAUCGGAGGAUCCAAGCAUUCAUAGAUCGCAAGCAGACGGAGAAGGAUGAUACAAAUCGCAGGGAGUUUUGUCCGAAGAUGCCCCAAACAACAGGAACCUCUUGUGCUCGGACUGAUGCUGUGUUCACGUCACAGACUGGUGGAAAGAGCCAUAUUAAAGUAUCUCAGGUGGUAAAUAAAUAUGGACCUCAAACAAGACCUGCUCUGAUCAUGAAGCCACAUGUAAGACCUGCAGUUAAAAGAGACCGGAUUACAAGAGAGACCUCUAGUACUAAUGGCCCAGCUGGCCCAGUGACAGGAGUAGAGGAAAGGCUACACAACAUGGAGUCCUUUCUCAAAGUGAAAACUGGUUCCAAUUCUUCAGGGGACAUUUUUCAAAGACUAAAGCAUCUGGAGAAAAGAUUAUUACACCUAGAGAGUAUCUCUCCUGAAUAUGCAAACUUAUCAGCUUCAAUGGCCAAGACAGAGAGGGGAGAUAGCCUUGGGAAAGAGCAUGCACAAGACACAGCAGUCCAUGAUAUUGACGUUAGGAUUAAGGAACUACAGAGGUCACUCAGAAUAAAGAAGGCCAGGAUUGAGACCACAGAUAAAACAGAGACCUGACCUUCAUCGAAGCAACCAGUGUCCUAGAACUAAACCAGAGUCCUCUCAAUGUAUGGACUGGUCAUGGAUCAAUGCUCUCGAUCCCCAGUGCUGCUUUGGCUUGACCGGUUCAUCAAUGGUAUUAUAGCCUACAGUACGGUGCAGCAAUGUUCAAUGGGGUGGAAUCUUCAAGCCAAGAGAUAGUAAAUAUUAGAUGACUCCAGCCUUGCUUGCACAAAAAAUAUUAAGAAAGAAUUUAGACAAAGAGAAUGCAUUCUAACACUAAGACAGGAACAUGGCCUGAGUGAAUUGAGAAGUGCUACUUUUCCAAGAUAGUUUUUAGCACGAACGAGAGAGGAAUCUAGCUUUCCUAGAUUUAGGAAGUACCUAGUUUCAUGGAAUGGUCAUAACAAGUACCAUCUGUGAGAAUCGAGUAUCAUCUCUAUAAAACAUGGAUAAUAUACUGUCUGGUAUGUCAUGAAAACUGAAUUUGAUAUCUUAAAAUCAAGUUCAUGAUAUUAAGGAUGAAGUAAGCAAAAUGAAAUCAUUGCAAGGGCAGGCACUUGAAGCAUACCAGUUUUACUUGAAUUAGAGCAUUUAUUGGUUUGCAAAUAACAAUGCUGGUUGAAUUGCUAGAAAUUGUGUUUAUGAAAGCUCAGACUGAAAUUACAGUUAUGUAUAGUGUUUUACUAAUAUUUUCUGAAUCUGUAUAUGGGCUGCACGAUAUGACAAUCUCAACAUAUUGUGACGUGUGGGGGUCAUUUCAUGAUAGCUGUCAACAUUGACAAAUUGUCAUUACCUGACAGUUAGCCAUGGUUACAGUCAGACACAUAUACUUCUCAGCCAAUCAAUAUUAAGGGAAUUUCAGAUGACCAGUGUUGAUGAAAUGCCUGUCUUGAACUUCAAUUGGGUCAGUAAUACUAUAGGCCUAUCGUCUGCCAUGCUGUUGUAAAAAAUUGAGGUUUAUUUAUGUCUCGGACAAAAAAACCUGCUUUAAUAUGCUAUUGAUCAUUAGGUAAGGCACUUUUUAUAUAUGUUUACCUUUACAGCUGUAGAAAAGGUGGUUUGUAAUCAUCGUAUGACAAAAUUAUUCAAUGGUUGACUAUGUCACCAUAUUUUGGAGCUAGGGAUAAUCAAAGAUCUCAUGCAGCCCUGACAUAAAUAAAACAAGCAUUGAAUGACUGAUGUAUUCAUCAAUGCUGCAAAUGAAUUCAUUCAGUUUGAUGAUGGUGCAGGAUGCUGUGGAUCUCUUGGACAGAAAAAGAGAACCAACAAGAGAUACAGCCAACCUACGCUUUUGGGGCCAUGGUUAUAAAACACUGAAGACUGCUAUUUUGGUCUUAAUAUUAUUAGGUUGAAAAGUAUGGAGCAGGACAUAACGCUUUGGGAAGUACAAGGAAAAGAGGAAGACAAAGAGAGAGAUGAUUUGAAGGAGCUACCAAAGAAAAUAGCAGAUCCUUGAAAUGUGUAUGCUAGCUUAGGAUAAAGCAGCUUGGAAAAAAUCCUUGUUCAUGGAAUAACAAGGAGUUGGGAACAACUCAGCAACAUGUAAUAUUGAUAACGCAACGUACCAAAGAAAUUCCUUUUCUUGGAGGAGAGUUAUUUAUAGAUAAAACAAUGUUGACUGAUUAGGAAAUCAAUGUGAAGAAAGUUUGGUUAUUGUCUUUGUAUGAUCAAACAAUGCACGUAUAUUAAAUACUAGAAAGUCAGAAUUUGUACUUGUUUGUAAUUAUGUUGCCGAUAAAUGUGUUGUGUGUAAUGUAUCUAUACAAAAGUCUGAACCAUGUUAAUCCAAGGCUUUUAACAGGAAUCCUGCCUUUGUGUUUUGUUUUCGAAUCGGUCUGUUUCUGCAUAGACGAACAGUGGGAGAUCUGGUUGGUGUUUCAUAAAGCUGUUUGUAAGUUACACACGACUACACGUGUGACUGCUGACUUAAUCUUAGGCACUAAAUCAGAUUCUCUAUCUUAAUUCCAAUCAGAUGGUCAAAAUUUAAUCUUAGUAAAUUAAAAUUCUCAGUGGUAUUAAGCAUCUGAAUGAAAAAUAAAAUAUUUUAAAAAGUUUGUUUGGGGAUACAGGAAUUGCAAAUAUAGUUAUAGAACUGAAAAUUUGGGCGUUUCAUUCAGCACAAGAAAAUUUAAUAAGUGAAAUAAGUAAUAAGUGAAACAUUAACCCUAAAAGAGCCAGGUUAUUUGGACCCAUCUCAAAGUCGAGGGGGGGGGGGCGGAUUCCGCCCCCCCCCCCUGAGAUCUCGGCCGUCGAUCGCACGAGCGCCACGAAGAUUUGCACAGUGGUAGUGUGCAAUAAAAUCUACAAGGCUGUAUGAUUAAUUUUUUCUGAAUAAAUAAGAUUUUUUUUUAAUGAAUUAAUUAUGCUAAUUUAUGCAUGAAAUAAAACAUUUGCUCUAAUUAACUUAUUAUGGCCCCAAAAUUGCUAAUUUUUUAUUCACAGACUCUUUGUAGGAUUCUGAUCAAAUGUACAUUAAAAAAAUUUGGUAUCGCAAUUUUUUUCUUAUGUGUUUUUUUUUUUAAAUUUCUUAUGUAUUUCCUUGUUUUUUUACUUUUUUUUUUAAUGGAAAUUGUUGCAGACUUAAUUCUGAUCAUAAACAAGACAAAAUUAAUUAAUUUUAAUCAGUAAAAGUAGAAAUAAUGAUACAUUUACAGAUUUUGACUGAAAAGUUGCGCAUAAAAAGUCAGCGAGCGGCGCGGUAAAAAAACUUCGCGCCCCCCCCCCCCCGGGCCUUUUAGGGUUAAACACCAGGAAACCAACAUGAAUUUUCACAUGCAGUUAAGUGUGGAUGUGAUUUCUGUAAAGUACUUAAAUGGGUAUUCCAGGUUUGAAAUAUAAGUAAAUGCAUGAAAUUUAAAGAUCAAAAGGUUCAUAAUUUCAUUAAAAUCUGAUAAAAUAUAAUGAAGUUAUUGAAUUUUUAAGUUUCUUGCUAUUUAUUUUGUCAUAUGAAUUAAAUUGGCUGAUGUUAUGUCCAGGUUCAACAAUGAUCAUCUUACAUCAGUAGUCAAUUACAUCUUUCUCCUUUCAGUAUUUUCGACCUUGUGACAUUCCUCCUCCCUCCUAUUUUCUAUACUCAUACUUUCACCACUCCAUCUUCUCUCAAUGCCGUUUGUUUGCUUCAAAAUCCCCAUUUUCACUGAAUUGAUUAACAUUCUGUUUCUCCACCAUAUUUUGUUGAUUAAAUAAUCAUCAGUAUAUUAAUGCCUAAAAAUAUUGUUUGCAGUAACGGUAGUCUGGUAAAGAUUGGUUGGUAUUUUUAUUUAUUGAUUUUUUAGGCAUGAUAUGAAAUGCGAAUUUUUUUCUCCCAGAAUUAAAUUAAUGAAAAAAAAUUACGAGGGUGGGUCAGGUAACUGCAACAGGAUUGGCCGAGUUAAAUCACGUUGAUUUAAAUCGCGAUUUAAAUCACUAUGAUUUAAAUUUAAAAAAAUCGCCAGCCCUGAACUGCAAUCAAAUUUUUUUUGU